GUAAAGAUAGUCGGUUAAGAUUCUCAUAAUCCUGCGUUUUCUCUUGCUUCUCUUCCAGGAAAACGGAUCAGAAAAAUUUUCUCAUUUUAAAAAGGAAAAAAGAAAAAAGGGAAAUUAUUUCUUUAAAAUUUGUUAGGAAAUGAAUGGAAAUGAAAGAGAUGAGGUGAAGAUGGAGGAAUGUAAAGCAAUGGUGGUUUUUAUGUGGGGAUAUUUACCUGGAGCUUCGCCGGAGAAAUCUCCAAUGUUGUCUCCGGUUCCCGUCCGAUUACCUGCUUCUAUUCAAGGUGGAGCUUCGUCGUGGAAAGACGUCUGUGGUGGUGGUUGUGGAUUUGCUAUGGCCAUUGCAGAUUGUGAGAAGCUGAUAACAUGGGGUUCAGCAGAUGACGAAGGGCAAAGCUACUUGACAUCAGGGAAGCAUGGGCAAACGCCAGAGUCAUUUCCUCUUCCAACUGAAGCUUCAAUAGUGAAGGCAGCUGCUGGCUGGGCUCAUUGUGUUUCAGUAACAGAUUCAGGAGAAGUGUACACAUGGGGCUGGAAAGAGUGCGUACCCUCUGGGAAAGUCACCCGUGAUUUGAUUACCGGAGGAAGCUUUCAAAAGGAUGUUGUUGGAAAACAGAGUACUUUUCAACCUGAGCAAGUGAGUCCAAAGUCUCGAGGCGCAAGUGUAAGUAGUGGAACAGCUUCUCAAACAGAGAACCGAAAAGCAGGGGAGGAAAUAGCAAAGCGAAGAAGAAUAUCUGCAGUCAAAGAAGAACAUGAGAGCUUAGCUUCUGGAGAUGAAUUUUUCACAUUGUCUCCCUGUCUUGUGACUCUUGGUUCAGGAGUAAGGAUCACAAGUGUUGCUGCGGGUGGGCGCCACACUUUAGCACUAUCAGAUAUGGGGCAGGUAUGGGGUUGGGGCUAUGGAGGCGAAGGACAGCUAGGCCUGGGCUCCCGAAUAAAAACGUUGUCUUCUCCGCACCUCAUACUAUGCGUUGAGCAAACUACUUCUGAAAAAGAUAGUUCUCUAGCAGUUCUUCAAGGAAGCUUGAAUUCACAAACACAACUUUCUCAAGUGGCUGGAAGCUAUGUGAAGGAAAUCGCAUGUGGAGGUCGGCAUAGUGCAGUAAUAACAGAUGCUGGAGCUCUCCUUACCUUUGGCUGGGGACUACAUGGACAGUGUGGCCAAGGAAGCACAAAUGAUCUUCUGAGACCAACUUGCGUUUCUUCUUUGUCGGGUAUUCAAGUUCUAGGAGUUGCAGCUGGGCUAUGGCAUACUGUGUGCAUAGCUGUUGAUGGCCAGGUAUAUGCCUUCGGUGGAAAUCAGUUUGGACAGCUGGGUACUGGUGCUGAGCAGGCUGAGACAUCACCAAAGCAAUUGGAUGCAGCAAGUUUGGAGGGCAAGCACGCAAAGAUGGUUUCAUGUGGGGCCCGUCACAGUGCUAUACUUACAGAUGAUGGCCAAGUACUUAGCUGGGGUUGGAAUAAGUAUGGCCAGCUUGGUCUGGGUGAUACAAUGGACCGUAACAUUCCUGCCCAGGUUGCUAUAGAUGGUUGCCUACCAAAAAAUGUUGCUUGUGGUUGGUGGCACACGCUAUUGCUGGCAGAAACACCAACUUGAGCCCCAAAUUCUUGACAAGAUCCAAGAGGAACAGUUUUGGUAGGAUAGAAAUGUACCGACUCGUCAACGUUCUUUGGAGGAUUCAUCUCUCAGUGUAUGAAUGUGUAUAAAGGUUGCUGUUUGCACAUCCUUUCAAGCAUAUCAGGAGUUAGUUUGUCUUUAACAGCAGAUUGCAGUGCAGUGCCAACUGCAUUAGCUUAUACACAAACAAUAAAUAUUGUACUGAUACAUUAGAUAAUUAGUAGGUUUGUCAUUCCUUUGCCUGG